AUGAAUUUAAACUGGAAGAAGUAGCAAAUUGUCAAGGCUUUAUAAAGAAAUAUGAUUAAUGAAAAUUUAAAAAUAAUUUCUGAUGAUUAUCAGAGAGAUUUUAAAAUUUGA